AUGGGCUUGUCGGUGAGAAUGCUGGUUGCGAUUGCAUUCGUGCUUACACAGCUUGUACAUGGAGCUCUAUGUUGGGGUAAGGAUGGUCAUUACACUGUCUGCAAAAUAGCUGAGGGAUACUUUGAGGAAGAAACUGUAGCUGCAAUGAAGAGACUUCUGCCUGAAUCUGCUGAUGGUGAUCUAGCAGCAUUUUGCUCAUGGCCUGAUGAAAUUAAACGCCUUUCACAAUGGCAAUGGACUAGCGUCUUGCACUAUGUUAACACGCCUGAAUACAGAUGCAACUAUGAAUAUUGUCGCGACUGCCACGAUAGUCAUAAGCAUAAAGAUUGGUGUGUAACAGGAGCUAUCUUCAAUUACACAAACCAACUUAUGUCUGCUUCUGAAAACUCACAGAGUAUAGUUCACUAUAAUAUGACAGAGGCUCUCAUGUUCUUAUCACAUUAUAUGGGAGAUGUCCAUCAGCCUUUGCAUACUGGUUUUCUUGGAGAUCUAGGUGGUAACACGAUAAUAGUCCGCUGGUACAAUCGCAAAACAAAUUUGCACCAUGUUUGGGAUAACAUGAUAAUUGAAUCUGCUCUUACAACAUACUACAAUUCAAGUCUUCCACUCAUGAUUCAAGUCCUUCAAGCCAAACUCACAAAUGGCUGGUCAAAUGAUGUUCCGUUGUGGGAAUCAUGUCAACUUAACCAAACGGCAUGUCCAAAUGAGUAUGCUUCUGAAAGCAUAGAUCUCGCAUGCAAGUAUGCUUACAGGAAUGCCACCCCAGGGACUACUUUAGGAGAUGAUUAUUUCCUCUCUCGAUUACCAAUAGUAGAGAAGAGACUUGCACAAGGUGGGAUUCGCUUGGCAACUACUCUUAACCGAAUCUUCUCUGCAAAACCCAAGCUCUUUAGAUUAUGA